AUGGCUGCGCAGAGCCCGGCGGAGAGCCUGCGGAGCGAAGCCUCCUGCCCCGUCUGCCUGGGUUACUUCCGAGACCCCGUCUCCAUCCCCUGCGGCCACCACUUCUGCCGGGCGUGCAUCGCCCGCUGCUGGGACGGGCUGGAGGCACCGUUCUCCUGCCCGCGCUGCCGGCAGACGGCUCCGCGGAAGGGUUUCCGUCCCAGCUGGGAGCUGGCGAAUAUUGCCGAAAUCGCCAGGCAGCUGAGCCUGCGGGCAGGAGGAGGAGGAGGAGGAGGAUGGGAGGAUCUGUGCGGGCAGCAUCGGGAGGCUCUGAAGCUCUUCUGCAAGGAGGACCAGCAGCUCAUCUGCGUGGUGUGCGACAGGUCCCGGGCUCACCGCUUCCACGCCGUGGUCCCCGUUGAAGAAGCCGCCCAGGAAUAUAAGGAGGAAAUCCAGGCUCGCCUGCAGGCUUUAAAGGAGGAGAGAGAGAAAUACCUGGAGAGCAGAAAAACCGGAGUAAGGACGAGCUCGUACCUGGAAAAAACCAAAAACGAAGGGAAGAGGAUAGCGCGCGAGUUCGAGGAGCUGCGCCGAUUUUUGAAGGACCGGGAGCACCUCCUCCUGACCCAGCUGGCCGACCUGGACGGGGCCGUCGCCAGGGCCCGGCAGGGAGCGGUGGCGAAGGUCUCGGAGGAGAUGUCCCACCUCGACACCCUCAUCUGGGAGAUGGAGGGGAAAUUCCAGCAGCCGGCGAGCCAGUUCCUGCAGGACAUCAAAAGGCUCCGGAAUAGUUGCGAGGUGAUGGAAUUCAACCCUCCGGUGGAGGUGUCGGCGGCUCUGGAAAGGCGACUGGAGGACUUCGCUCGGAGAAACGUCCUCGUGAGAAGCGCGCUGAGGAGAUGCCAAG